GUAAAAGUGACCAAUCACACGGCCGCACGUCAUCUUUUUGGCCAAUGGCCUUGCGGCGAUUGUGGCGGAUCUUGCGAUUUUAUCACCGCACAGUGGCGACAUGGACUUCCUCCGGUCCGUCGAGGAGGACCUGCAUGGCCUCAUCUACGAGACGAAGAAGAAGCUGCCGGCCGUGCGCGACGCGGCCGAGAAGGGCCUCGAGCAGAUCGUGCUCAUGCGGCAGAUGUACGCGCAGUCGAUGCGCGUGGACGCGGCGCCGGGGCCGGGCCACGCGGUCUUCAAGAGCGACGCGAUCCUGCAGCCCUUCUUGCUCGUGUGCAACCACGCCACCGCGAGCCAGAAGCUGCUCAUCUCGUGCUUCAACAGCAUCCAGCGCCUCGUGUCCUGGGACGCGAUCACGACCGAAGCCGUGAGCAACAUCCUGCGCGUGCUGCAGAUCCAGGCCGAGCGCAACAACAGCCAAGACAUCCAGCUCAAGCUACUGCAGACGCUGCUGCAGCUGCUCACACUCGCCUUCACAAACGGCGACGAGCAAAUGACCAAGGAUGACCUCAUUAGCCAAGCCAUGUGGAUCUGUCUGCACCUGCAAAGCCAGAGCGGGAACCCGAUCACCGCCAAUACGGCCGCGAUGACCGUGCGGCAGAUCGUCACCAUGGUCUUCGACAACGUGCUGCACCAUGCCACGGCGGACGAGGCGGUGCGAACGCGCGCCAAGAACGUCGGCUUCCUUGUCUUCCAGGACCUCUGCCUCAUGAGCCGCGAAGAGGCUGGCGUGUGGCUCAAGCGCACAACAUUCUCCAAGCUUCUCGGCGUCGAGCUCGUCGAAGCCGUCCUCACGUCGCACGCCGGCCUCUUCCGCGACGACGUCGAGUUUCGGAGCAUGCUCAAGCAGCACAUCAAGACGCUCGUGACCAUGAACCUCGACAGCCUCUUAGCGCCAGCGGCGGUCGCCAACCCGUCGACGUUUCCGCUGCUGCUGCGCAUCAUGCGGCUCGCGGGCACAGUCCUCUCGCACUUCUCUGCGCUCUUGCCCGACGAGUGCCUCGUCAUUUGGCUCGCACUUCUCGAGAUCGUCUCAACCGGCAGCUACUCUCCGUCAAGUCCAUCAUCAUCAUCAUCCACCGGCAAGUCGAACCGGCAGCGAGCCGACCGGACGACCGCGGUGGUCGUGGCGGCACCGCUGACGUCGGCGUCGGGCAGCAGCGCGGCCCCGUCGACGAUACCGGCGCCGGCGCACCACGUGACCAUCAACUACGUCACGUGGCCCGUCCUAUUGGCGAUGGAGGUCGUCUCCAAGGCGUGUCACGAGCCCGAAGUCCUCCCGGCCCUGGCGCUGUACCCGCAGCACGUACUGCUGCAAAUCGCCCGGCACGUGGCCGCCGUCGUCACGCUGUCGCCGCCAGCCGACUACAAGCCGUCGCACGACACGACGUUCUACCGCAGCGGUCUCGAGUACCUCAACGACGUCGAGACGCCGACGCUGCAGCCGUUCUACCACUGCUUGCGCCUCAGCGCCAUUUGUCUCGGCCAAAUGGUGUCGGCGCUCACGACGCCGUCCUUAGUGCCACUCACGGGGCAGUACAUGCUCACGUCGAUCGCGCCCUUCGUGCUAAACGCGUCGACGUGUCUUCUGCGCUUUUGCCGUGACGCAGAGCUCGUCAACCUCGCGCUCAAGUCGCUCCAUGGACUCUCGUCUGCCGAAGCUAGCUUCCGCGGUCACCUCUCCCCGUCGGUGCUGGCGUCGACCCGACCGGUGGGCGUGGCGUGUCUCCAGACCCUCUGCGUCUUUUCAUUUCCGAUCGUACCGGCGUCGCGGGUCGUCAAGUGCGUCUCGGGGUCCGGGUACCCGAGCAUGGUCGAGUACUUGCCCGAGGACUUGGUGUUUCUAGUCGACGAGCCGCUCCUGACGUGGAAGGAGAUCCAAGCGAUGAAGACGCUCUUCCGGUCCGUGCAUACGAUGGAGAACGACCUCAACACGCCCGAGUGGCGCGUGCUUCUCGAAGGGUUCGAGAUCCUCGUCGCGCUGAGCAACCUCAAGCAAAAGGCCAAGGGCGUGCACACCAAGAUGGGCACGGGGCCGCAAGCGCUCAAGGUCGAAGACGAAGACGUCGAGCAGCAGCUCGUCAUGCUCGGGUUCUCGGUCACCGAGUACUUUCAAAACAGCACCAACGACGGCAUCCUCGGCCACGACGCGCUCUUGCAUGUUCUCAAGGCGCUGCAGCGCAUCUGUCUCGGCCAGCUGCAGUCGUCGACGCCCGAACCCGACGACACCGACACGGCGACGACGACGACGCUGGACGACAACUCGGCACUCACGUCGGCCCUCGCGGACGUGGCGACGAACGAAGCGAUGCUCGCGUGGGACGUCGUCUCGAUCCCGUACAGCUCCCACCUUCGAGUGUACGACCAGACGCUAGGACUCUCGUCCGUCGCCGGCGCGCCGUUCUCGCCGUCGUUUGCGAUCCGCCUCUUUGUGCAGUUGGCCAAGCAGCACCCGACCGCCUGGGCGUACGUGAUCCGCGAGCUCGUCGCCCUCAGUUGCGCACCAACAUCGUCGCUCGGUGCGUCGUUCCAGGCGUUCACGACCGACGCUGUCUUCCAGCUCAUGCAGUCGGCCAUCGCUUCGACCCACGCAAUGGCGCAAGAAGACGACGUGUGCGGGUUCAUGCUGCAACUGCUGGCGUCCGAGACGAUGAAGGAGCGGGCGCUCGCUGGCGUCCUUGACUUUUUGCAGGCGUGCGGGCACCUCCUCACGACCGGCUGGCCCACGGUGCUGGCAACGCUGCAGUCGUCGGCCGCAUUGGACGCGCGGUGCCAAGUCGUUGCGUUCAAGAGCGUCCGGCUCGUCGUCGACGACCUCCUCGGGAACAUGCCGUUGACGUACCGGCGCGAGUGCAUCGGGUGUGUCGGAGCGUUUGCUUCGAGCGCAAAAGACGUCAACGUGAGCUUGACAGCUGUCAACGCGCUCUGGAGCAUCUCGGACGCGAUCGCCAAGCAGGCCACCGACGUCGACGAGCUCUGGCCACGAGCGCUGGGCGAGCUCCGGCGGAUUGCGUCCGACCCGCGUCCCGAGGUGCGCAACUGCGCGAUCAACACGCUGUUUGGGAUGGCGGUCACGCAUGGCACGCAGUUUCAGCUGCCCGAGUGGCAGCUCUGCCUCGAAGACACGGUGCUGCCGCUUGGCAUGGCCCUCGGCACCGCGACCGUACUCGACGAGGGCGCUGUGGCAACGCCCGGCCUGCGGACGCACCAUUCGCGUGACAGCGUCGCGAAGCAGUACGACGAGUCGCGCGUCCUCGUGCUCUCGGGCCUCGCCCGCGUCGUCCAGACGCACGGCGGCGCGCUCAUUGCGCUCGACGACUGGUUCCCGAGCAUGUGGUCGGCGCUUCUUACUUACAUUGGACGGGAAGCGGCGCACGCGUCGUCCGAAGUCGUGCUCGCGGCCGUCCAGACGCUGCACACGCUCCUCCAAGUCGUGUCGGUCGAUGGCGUCGAUGCGUCGGCGACACCGUUGCGCGCCGGCGUCGGCAUGCGCAUGGUCGACGGCACUCUCGCGCCCGCGGACGCUUCGGCCUCGACGGCAUCCGCGCGCAAGCCGAUGCCGCCGACGCCCGUGGUCAUUUGGGACACGGCGUUUGACUUGCUCUUGUCCGUGGCGGGCAAGUCGACGACGGACCACGACGCGGACGUGGCGGCCGCGGUGGUCUUGGCGAUUGUCCAGCUCUACAACCAGUGUCGGGACCACGAGUGCAAGACGGCGGCCCGGGUCGCCGGCAUCCUCGCGCUCUUUGAGGCGUGCAUGGACGCCUACGUCUUCUCGCGCCCCGCGACAAUCACGGGCGGCACGACCAACUCGGUGCACGCGCGGAUCAUCAACGCGUACGACGACUGCGCGUACUUUACGCCGGCCGUGCAUCGCGACGUCAUUGCCCAAGUGCUCACGUUCCUCGUCCGCGCCCAGUCGCUUCACAUCACGGUGCUCGUCAAGCACCUGCUGAGCACGCUCGCCAAGCUCGUCGAGCGCAUUGCUCCACCGGCGCUCUCGGCCUCGGCGCGCGAGAUGCUCACGAGCAUCCAGCCGAGUCUCGACACCAAGACGCAGGACGUGUCGACAGCGGCAGCGACGCUGACCAGUGCCGAGAAGGCCGCGCUGGGUCUCUGGCGACCUGCGGUGCCCGUGCUCCAGGCGCUGACGACGCAUGCGCUACCCGUGGCGCCAAAAAUGGCGCCGUAUCUGCUGGCGACGAUCGCGACCGUGCUCGGCCCGGCACCCCGGCGCGACGAUGACCACGACGACGAAACGCUCGAGCUCAACGUCCUCGACAAGCUCGUCGAGAGCAUGGUCGGCCGCGUGCCACCGUCGGCAGAAGGCACGGCGCGCUUCAUGGACCUCUUGACGGCGUCGAGCGGGCGGCGGCCGGCGGUCGCCAGUGCGUGCGUCCAACACCUGAUCGCGCUCGGGUCCGUGGCCAACACGAACGGGCCGCUGCGCCAGGCGUGCCGCAUUGAGCUCCUCUCGCUGGCCAACGACGCCCUCGGCGCGUACCAGCAGCGCCCGACCGAGCACCGCGAGCGGGUGCUCACGCUGCUCUCGACGCUCGGGGCGAGUCCGCUCUCGCCGCGCAAUGUGCUCGUGCUCUUCCCGUCGCUCUGCGCGUGCAUUAGCUGCGACGACGCCGAGAUCCGGUCCUGGAUCCAGCGCAUCUUGCUCGAGUCCAACGUGGCCGCGACCUGCUUGGCCCUCCUCCACGACGACGUAACUCAGUAAAUCCCAAUCUUAUUGCGAUCUUCUCGUUUGUCCCAACAUGGGGCACUGGUGGAAAACCGGUUUAGUCGAAACAACGAGUUUAGUCGCUUCCAAUUUCGAGAUCCUUCCGCUUCUGGGACAUGCGCCUCGGGAAUUCUGCAGCUCGCCGGCCGCUUGCCGCAGCUCCUCGCCCGCCUGCUCGCAACGACGGGCCCUACGAGGUGGCCGAGCAUGGAACCAUCAAGCAUCUCUAUGGGCCCUGCGGCUUAUCGCAUGCGCUGGAAGAAGAGCAGUGGCCGCCGACGGCCUCCAUGCCGUGGUGCGCAAUGACGGCGAAGAGCUUGUAGACCGCGUCGGCCUUGCGCAGCUUGGGCGAGAAGAGCGUCGUUGGGAGCACGAGCUCGAGCGGGUACUCGACAAACGUGUUGAGCUUGAGCGGACCGAGGCGCGGGUCGUACGUGAAGCGCUUGACGUGGCAUGUCAGUACGUUCGGAAGCGACUCGAUGAACGUGCGCUUCGUCCCGCGACUCUCCAGCACCUACGUCCCCUCCGUGAGCUGGCGAUGGCAACCUAGGUCGUACCUCGUCGGCCAUCGAGCUCUGGAUCAUCUCGAGUAGCGUCUCGGGCGUCGUGCCCAUGUUGAGGUGCAGGCAGUGGAACGGCUCGACCGUCGACGCGCUCACCUUGCGGCCGGCCUACAUUCGCGCAGCUUGAUACAUACUUGAUACAAGCGCGAUCCGACGUACGCGGAUCUCGGACCGCAGCGUGCCCUUGAAGAGGUGUGUGAUCGGCGACUCGGUCUCGACGACGUUGUGGUGCACGACGCCGACGCGGCCGUGGGCCUGAAUCUCUUCCCAGCCCU